AAAAGCCCUGACCUCAGAUCAGCCGCAGCCAGGAGGCUCCUGCAGCUCCGACAGCUCUCUGUUUUUAGUUUCCUCAGAGUCCUGAACCCAGCAGGCAGCACACUGAACUCCUCAUCCUCCACAUACAGGUGUGUCAAACACUGAUGCUGGGUUCUCAUUGGGAGUGGAAUGGAUAAUAGCCAUGGCGCAUUGUAAUCUUCAGUCUUCUCCUCAUAAUGACGUCAACCUGGGGCCUUCAGCAAACCCACAUGCCAGGCCCACUGACUUUGACUUCCUGACUGUCAUUGGCAAAGGGACCUUUGGAAAGGUCCUGCUUGCCAAGCUUAAAGCUGACAACAAAUUCUAUGCCGUGAAAGUGCUGCAGAAGAAAGUCAUUCUGAAGAAAAAGGAGCAAAAGAACAUCAUGGCGGAGAGAAACGUGCUACUCAAGAGUCUGAAACACCCAUUUCUGGUUCGGCUCCACUACUCCUUUCAGACCCCAGAGAAGCUCUACUUUGUCCUCGACUACGUUAACGGGGGAGAGUUGUUCUUCCACCUGCAGAGAGAGAGGUGUUUCUCUGAGCCCAGAGCCAGGUUCUAUGCUGCAGAGGUAGCGAGUGCUAUCGGAUACCUUCACUCCCUCAACAUCGUUUACAGAGAUCUGAAGCCAGAGAAUAUUCUAUUAGACUCUCAGGGCCACAUUGUACUGACAGAUUUUGGUCUGUGCAAAGAAGGUGUGGAACCAGAAGGGACCACCUCCACUUUCUGUGGGACUCCAGAAUACUUGGCACCAGAAGUUCUUCGUAAGGAACCAUAUGACAGGACAGUGGACUGGUGGUGUCUAGGAGCAGUGCUCUAUGAGAUGAUCUACAGCCUGCCUCCUUUCUAUAGCCGUGAUGUUGGAGAAAUGUAUGAUGGGAUCCUCCACAAGCCGCUACCGCUGCCUCCAGGGAAGUCUGACGCCGUUAGCACUCUGCUGAUGGGUCUUCUGCAGAAAGACCAACACAGACGCCUUGGGGCCAUCGCCGACUUUUUAGAAAUAAAGAACCACAUCUUUUUCUCUCCAAUCAACUGGGACGACCUUUACCACAAGAGAAUCACUCCGCCUUAUAACCCUAACGUGAGAGGCCCAGCUGACACUCAGCAUAUUGACCCAGAGUUCACCAGAGAAAUGGUCCCUAACUCUGUGAGUCGGACCCCGGAACUCAACGCCAGCACCAGCUCCAACAACGCCUUCAAUGGAUUCUCCUUCGUCGGCACCGAGGACAGUUUUCUGUGAGA